CUGCAAUGUCUAGUUUUUUAUUAUGGAUAUUUUCCAGUCUCUGAUCCUGUGUUCGUUCAUCGAAUACAGAAUUGCUUGAGAGAUUAUAUACGAUAUCUGGUUGCACUGGGCAAUUACUCUUUUGUGGAAGCAGAUGAAUCAGCUUAUGUUCGAAUUUUGUAUGAAUUGCUGAUGAGAGGUGACAGAAAUGCGGGUAAUCCGGAUGCUAACCUUUCGCGGCUUUUGCGUCUCAGAAGCUGCAUACUUCCACGGAUUGCUGCUUUUCUGAGAGAUCAAGGACGAUUUCCAAACCUCGACGAGCUUCCCUCUCGUCUUCUCGCUUGGUCAAGUCGUGAUGACCAUGUGAUGCACGUUGAUUCGAGCAGCGGCGAGCAUCCGUCGCGAGCUGACUGUGAUGAAUUAGAUGAGGUAUGUGGUUAA